AUGUCCAACACAUCAUCAUCCUCUCUCGGGGCCAAGCUGGCGUACGAGCCUCAAAUCCUGAAAUUCGGAACAAGCGGUCGACGUGGCUUGAUUAUUCACCUUACCCAACUGGAGAUCUACACCAACGUCCUCGGUGAAAUCCGGUACCUGCAAUCGAUCCCCGAGUCCGAAGGCGGUAUUAAGACCGGCGACGACUUCUACUACGCAUACGACCUUCGCCCUAGCUCAAUUAACUACGUUGAGCCCAAUCGCGGCGGUCUCAGUCAAGCCGUGGAGCAGGCUCUGCGCGAUGGUGGCAUGAAGCCUAUUAGUCUGGGCGCUAUUCCGACGCCUGCGCUGACAUUGUUCGCGUUACAACGGGGGAAGGGUAGCAUUAUGGUUACCGGUAGCCAUAUUCCGUUCGAUCGCAAUGGAUACAAAUUGAAUACGUGCAAGGGAGAACUUUUGAAGAAGGAUGAGCAGCCUAUCAAUGAGUUUGUUGAGGUUGCGCGGAAAGAGCUUCUGGCUCAGCCCUUCGCGGACUCUUUGUUCAAUGAGCAGGGUAUGCUUCGCAGUGGCAAAAGUGGUCUUGUUACCCCCAUUCCGGAGGGAAAGAGUGGUUAUAUCCAGCGGUACCUCGAUUUUUUCAAGGGUGAGACUUUGAAGGGAUUGAAGCUGCUGGUCUACCAGCACUCUGCUGUUGGUCGCGAUCUUGUCGUUGAGUUGUUCCAACUGCUCGGCGCCGAGGUCGUUCCUGCAGGCCGCAGCGAGACAUUCGUUCCUAUCGACACCGAGGCCAUCGAUCAAGCAUCCCUUGACACCAUCCAAGCCCUUUACGACAGCGCCGGUCAAACAUUCGAUGCCGUCCUCUCUACAGAUGGAGACAGCGAUCGCCCUCUCCUGCUUGCGCCUAAAGAUGGCAAGCUCAAAUUCUUCAGCGGAGACUUACUGGGUAUGGUCGUCGCCGAGUUUCUCGGUUCCGACGCGGUGGUUGUCCCAAUCAGCACCAACGAUGCAAUUGACAGGGGCGGACUUGCAGCCUCCACCGAACCCAAAACUCGCAUCGGUAGCCCCUACGUGAUUGCCGGUAUGCAGACAGCCGUCUCAAAGGGCCGCAGCCGUGUUCUGGGCUGGGAAGCCAACGGUGGCUUCUUAACUGGCUGCGACAUCGAGGUCGAUGGCAAGAUACUCCAAGCUCUUCCUACUCGCGACGCAGUGCUCCCUCUGCUUUCUGUCCUCUUCGCCGCGAAAAAGCGCAACAGCACAGUUCCUCCAUUGUUCGAGGCGCUACCAGCCCGUUUCAGUCGUGCCUCAGUCAUCCGAAACUUCCCUCGCCCCACAAGUGCAAAGAUCGUUCAGCGCUACUCCCCCACAGACAAGUCUAUUCAGUCCAUAUCUUACGCUGAUGGCGCUAUAACCCCCCUCGACCCUAAUGGAAACAAACUCGAUGCACCAGCCUCGGAAAUCGAGUCGAUGUCAGCCAUUCGCGAUGCACUCGAAAAGGUGUUCACAUCCCAAUCUGGCUUUCCCUCAGUUAAGACGAUCAACUACACCGAUGGCGUGCGGAUGACAUUUGGAAAUGGUGAUGUUGCUCAUAUUCGACCAUCUGGAAAUGCGGAUGAGCUUCGCAUCUACUCUGUUAGUGAUACCCAGGCGCGCGCGGAUGAAAUUUGCGAUCGCGGAAUCGCGGAGCCUAGUGGUCUGCUCAGGACAUUGGCCGCUACCAUUUGA